AUGGCAGAUUCAAGCUUAGAACGAGCGAAAAAGAAAGAAGUGAUUCGAAUUGAACGUGAAUCCGUCAUUCCAAUUUUGAAACCUAGGCUCUUCAUCUCAUUGGCUAAUCUUAUUAAGCGUAGUUCUGAUCGAGAAGAGUUUUUGAAGCUUUGCAAAAGAAUUGAGUAUACAAUUAGAGCUUGGUAUCUUCUACAAUUUGAGGAUAUGAUGCAACUGUAUUCACUCUUUGAUCCUGUCUCUGGUGCUCAAAAAUUGGAACAACAAGGCUUAACUUCUAAGGAAAUUGAUGUACUUGAACAAAAUUUCUUGACCUAUCUUUUUGAGGUAAUGAAAAAGAGCAACUUCAAGAUUGCAACAGAUGAUGAAAUUAAUGUUGCACUUUCUGGACAGUAUCUUCUAAAUCUUCCAAUCAGUGUUAAUGAAUCUAAGCUUGACAAUAAGCUUUUGCGAAAAUAUUUUGAAGCACAUCCCUAUAACAACCUUCCAGAUUUUCAUGAAAAGUAUAUAAUCUUUCGGCGGGGAACUGGACUUGAUCAAACCACGGGUUACUUUAUAUUGGAGAAAGUCGACAUGCUUAUUGCACGUUUUUGGGCAUUUCUACUAAGAACACUCAGGUUGGAAAAACUAGUAGCGAGACAUGGUAAGAAACUAGAUCCAAAGAAGGACGACGAAAUAAACUCGUCAUCAAACGAAGCUCAUCAAGAGGAUGUAUACGAACGGUUACGCCUUGAAAAUAUGCCAUUGAGUUCGGGUAGUUUGCUAAGCAAGACAACAAUCCAAGAACCUACAUUUGAUAGGAUCAUUGUUGUUUACAGGCGGGCGAGUUCCAAUUCAAAACCAGACAGAGGAAUUUUCGUGAAGCAUUUCAGAAACAUCCCAAUGGCCGAUAUGGAAAUCGUUCUUCCAGAAAAGAAAAAUCCUGGACUGACUCCUAUGGAUUGGGUGAAGUUUCUUGGAUCUGCUAUAGUUGGGUUGGUAGCUGUAGUUAGUUCACUUCAAACAGCUACAACCGAUUUGAGGGUUAUCGGGGCCGUUCUUUCUACCAUUGUCGGUUAUUGUGUUAAAACAUACUUCACGUUCCAACAAAAUUUGACUGCAUAUCAAGAUAUGAUUACGCAGUCGAUGUAUGAAAAACAACUAGACAGUGGAAGAGGAACACUUCUCCAUUUAUGUGAUGAUGUCAUUCAACAAGAAGUGAAAGAGGUAGUUAUUUCAUUCUUUAUUCUGAUGGAACAAGGAAAAGCUACAAGACAGGAACUGGAUCAAGGGUGUGAAGAACUUAUCAAAGAAGAAUUCAAUGAGAGUUGCAAUUUUGAUGUAGAUGACGCGGUUCAUAAACUUGAGAAGCUGGGCAUUGUUACUCGGGAUCCCAUAGGACGAUAUCAAUGUGUUGGAUUGAAGAGGGCUAGCGAGAUAAUCGGUGCCACCACUGAAGAGAUUGUAAUUAAGGCAAAACAAGGAAACAUGUCUUCUUGA